AGAGGGCGACUCAGGACUUUCAGAGGGCCACGGAGGUGCUGCGUGCUGCCAAGGAGACCAUUUCUCUGGCGGAGCAGAGGCUGCUGGAGGAUGACAAGCGUCAGUUUGACUCUGCCUGGCAGGAGAUGCUCAACCACUGCUACCCAGAGGGUCAUGGAGGCGGAGCAGACCAAAACGAGAAGUGAGUUGGUUCACAAAGAGACUGCAGCCAAAUACAAUGCUGCCAUGGGAAGGAUGAAACAGCUGGAGAAGAAACUGAAGAGAGCCAUCAAUAAAUCAAAACCUUAUUUUGAGCUCAAGGCGAAGUACUAUGUCCAACUAGAGCAACUGAAGAAAACAGUGGAUGACCUGCAGGCCAAACUGGCCCUGGCAAAGGGAGAGUAUAAGACUGCCUUGAAAAACCUGGAGAUGAUCUCAGAUGAGAUUCAUGAGAGGAGAAGGUCCACUGCCAUGGGGCCCCGAGGCUGCGGCGUGGGUGCCGAGGGGAGCAGCACGUCUGUGGAGGACCUGUCAGCGAGUAAAGCAGAGUCAGACACCAUCUCCAUGGCUUCAGAAGUGUUUGAGGAUGAUAAUGGCAGCAGCUUUGUGUCCGAAGAAGAUUCAGAAACUCAGUCAGUGUCCAGCUUCAGCUCUGGUCCCACGAGUCCCUGUGAGGUGCCCACUCAGUUUCCUCCUGCGACACGACCUGGAAGCCUGGAUCUGCCCAGCCCUGUCUCCCUCUCUGAGUUUGGGAUGAUCUUCCCUGUCCUGGGGCCCCGGAGUGAAUGCAGUGGGGCCUCCUCCCCCGAGUGUGAAGCUGAAAGAGGGGAUAGGGCAGAAGGGGCUGAGAACAAGACGAGCGACAGAGUGAACAAGAAUAGGAGCAGCACCAGGAGCAGCUCCAGCGAAGGGCUGGCUCUGGAUAACCGAAUGAAGCAGCUCUCCCUGCAGUGCAUGAAAAUCAAAGAGGGAAUAUGCGCGGGCAGGAAAGCUGCCCAGAUUGGCUGAAGCCUUCUCGUGCCCUGUCCUGAAUAAUGGGAGUCUAAAUAUUUAUACAUGAACUUCUGAGUGUUUGAAGAACGUUGUGCCAAUAAUAUAUGCCAAAUCUUAAGCGUUUACUCUGAGAAUUUAAAAAUGCACUAAGAAGUUUAAUUGUGGAGGGCUGAAGUUUUUAUUCAGUAAAUCCUUUGUAGGCCGGACGAGUUAUCAAAUGUUUAAGGUGUGCUCAUAUUUCACAGACUUUGUAAAUUGUUUUGUAGCAGCCUGGCUGAAGCAAUAACUAGUAAUGUUCCCGUGUAAAUUCAUGCCAGUCGGUGGCCUGAAAUUCAAGCCAGACUUUUGCAGAGAGCGGUUUGGCUUCGGUUUUGUAGAAUGAAAUGCUCCUUAGACACAACCAAUCUCUUGAAUACAAGUGGCAUAAUCUUUUAACAUCUGUAUUGGUCUGUAUUAUGCUGAAACUGUAGAAAUAUUUUGUAUACAGGAAAGCUGUUGCAUGUGUGGGGUCUGAAAGCCUUCACUCUUCUCUUGGUGCUCACAGAAAGGAUAAAAUGAGUCAUGCCUCUAAAAGCCUCUAGAACAGACGGAUGACAGAGGGGGAUGGCAAUGCCCAGCAGUGGGAGGCCCUUUCUAGACACCUUCCCAAAUCUGGCUUGGAGUCCGCAGGUGAUUGCAGUGACCAAAAAGAGUUGAUUGGCCCCUUGCCCUUCUGCUUCUCUGAGAAGUGAAGUAUUAUUUUUCAGCACUUUAAGUGUUUUUUAUUUUGUUUUGUUUUGUUUUUUUCCUCAAAAAUGGGAGUCAUAGAUGUUUUCAGGAUGAUUAUGAUAAGGGGUUUGCCCUUGAAAUAUGCAUGAAGAAAAGGAAUUGCCAGUGUUGAUUGACAAUGUGUUCUUAAGCAUCUCUGUAGGUUGUACUGUGUGGGGGUUAUAACUGUUAAAGGGACUUGGGAUUUUAGUAUGCCCUAGACAGUGUUCAAUAAAACUAGAAAGGGCACGGGGCAUGUUUUGCCAGCAGCUGUUAGGCAGUAGUAGUGUCUGAUAAUUAUGCUAAUAAGUGGUAGUAAAAAUUCUAGGACUCUUCAGUUUUGGUGACUAAGCAUUUCUGAAAGCACCAUUUUAUCUAAAAUGUCAGUUUAUAUUGUUAAUUUGAUGGGAAUCUUAGUAUUGCCCAAAGUAUUUUCUAUUCUAUGUUUUUGCAGUCCUGUUGUAUUUCAUCCCUGCCACAGCUUGUGUAUCUAUUCUCAAAGUUAAUGUAAAAUUCUUCACACUACAGUAAACAUUUUUGUUUUCCA